GUGGUCGGGGCGUGGCCGGUGCCGGUGGCCGGAGCCCCGCCCCGGGCGCGGUGCCGCUGUCGCCGCUGUUCUUGCCGGUGUUGUCGGGGAUGUACGCGGGCAGGAAGAGGAGAAAGCCGGUGCCCAAGAGCCCCAAAGCCCCCCCUGCCGAGGGUGUGAAGUCCAACCCCUCCAAGCGGCACCGGGAGCGGCUGAACCAGGAGCUGAGCAAGCUGACGGGGCUGCUGCCCUUCCCCGAGGAUGUGCGCUCCAGGCUGGAUAAACUCUCCAUCCUCCGCCUGGCCGUGGGCUACCUGAGGGUGAAGAGCUACCUGAGGGCCACAGCUUCAAACGUUGGCAACUGCGUGGAUCAGCCCAGACCUCCAGGAGGGGACAGAUGGACAGAGCUGCAGGGUGACAGGGAGCUGUUCCCUGAAGGAGAGCUGCUGCUCCAGGCACUCAAUGGAUUUGUCAUUGCCGUGACUGGGGACGGAUACAUCUUCUACAUCUCCCCCACCGUGCAGGACUACCUGGGCUUCCACCAGUCGGAUCUCAUCUACCAGAGCGUGUACGAGCUGAUCCAUGCGGACGACAGGGCCGCCUUCCGCCGCCAGCUGCACGGGCCCCCGGUGCAUGCUGCUGACUCUUUUCCCCCUGAGCAGCCGCUGCUUGCCGGCUCGCAGCGCCUCCGUGCUGAGAAGCAAUCCUUUGUGGAGAGGAGCUUCACCUGCCGCUUCCGCUGCCUGCUGGAUAACUCCUCGGGAUUCCUGGCCUUGAAUUUCCGUGGGCGCCUGAAGUUCCUUCUUGGGCAGCAAAAGUCAGCAGCAGACAAGUCCCCAGUUGCUCUCUUUGCCAUUGCCACACUCCUCCAGCCUCUCUCCAUCCUGGAGCUCCGGACCAAAACGCUGAUCUUUCAGACAAAGCACAAGCUGGACUUCACUCCCAUGGCCUGUGAUUCCCGGGGGAAGGUUGUCCUGGGAUACACGGAGGUGGAGCUGUGCAGGAGGGGGUCCGGAUACCAGUUUGUGCACGCGGCCGACAUGAUGCACUGCGCAGAGCACCACGUGAGAAUGAUGAAGACGGGCGAGAGCGGGCUGACGGUGUUCCGGCUGCUGACCAAGAGGGGCAGCUGGGUGUGGGUGCAGGCCAACGCACGGCUGGUCUACAAAGGGGACAGGCCCGACUGCAUCAUCGCCCGCCAGCGAGCCCUGUCGAAUGAAGAAGGCGAGGAACAUCUCCACAAGAGAAACCUGCAGCUGCCUUUCAGCUUUGCCACGGGGGAAGCAGUCUUGUAUGGGAAUGCCCUUCCUGGGUUCUUGGACUCGUUCCAAGCCAAGGAGGAGCUGCAGGUGCAAGCAAACUCCAACUCAGAGCAGCGCUUGGUAGACCCCAACUCUCUCCUUGGGGCCAUGAUGAAGCAGGAUGCAUCCAUAUACAAUUCCCACAUGGAUAACGUGCCUCAGUUCUCCUUGCCAGGUUUCAUCCCUGAGCCUGAUGGGCUGACCCAGAAUGAGGACACCAGCAGUGCCAAGGAGGAGAGCAACUCCCUCCUGGUGGUCAUUGAAACCCUCUUUGAGAAGAGUGAGGUGGAUGGAAACGCCUGCCAGAGCCUGAACGCGGGCAGCACGGAGCUGCAGCAGUGGGAGGAGGCUGUGCUCAGCCUGGGGGCACAGGAGGAGCCACCAGCUCAGGGGCUUGGCACCAAGGUGCCAUCCUGUGUGGGGCAGGUGCUCCUCAGGGAGGGUGCUGGAAAGAGCCUGGAGUUCCAACGCUGCCAUGAGGAAAGCAGUGCUGUGGCUGACUUCCAGCGCUGCUGGGCAGCUGGCUCAGCAUUCCCAGCAGAGCCCCAGGCAGCGGGCACAUGGGGAGGCCAGGGGGCUCUGAGCUCCAUGGGCUCUGCUCCCUCUGAGGGCAGCUUUGCCCAGCCAGAGCAGCAGGUCCUGUUCAACCCAGCCAGGCUGGUGGCAGGGACUGCGCUGGGUGUCCCCAUGUCCAGCAGCAAAUCCUCUGCAGCACUUCAGCUGGCAGACCAAGCCCUUCAGGCAGAAGCCACCCUCUCUGCUCCUCUAGAUAACACUCUUCCUGCUGCUCAGAGCCAGCCUGGGUGCCAGCUGGUGGGCUCAAACACCUUGGGGACUCUGUGCCACAGUGUCCCUCUCCAGGCAAACCCAGCCAGUUGCCCAUCAGAGGCUUCACUGGUCGUAGCUCCAAAACAGCUGGAAGCUGCAGGAGCAUACCUGGAGUCCCAGACUCUGCCAGGUGGCAGCCCUGAGAAUCCCCCAGGGGCUGGGCUGUGGCUGCCAAUCCCCUCCCAGUCUUUUCCUUGCCCUGCCCAGGGCUUGCAUGAGUCCCUGUUCGCUGGGGAUGGGAAGCUCUGUGAUGUGGAGGUUGCUCUCCCUGCCCCCUUAGGAGCCAGGCAGCUGCCAGGGCAUGGUGGCUUCCCCAAACAGCCCCUGGCAGGCCAUGCAGAGCCCAGCUUUUCCUGGGAGGGGGAGCAGGCAGUGCCCCGAGAGGAGAAGUGGUUCUCACAGCCGUGGCUCCUGCAGGCUGGGGCAGCUCCAGUGCACCACAGCGGGCUCCAGCCGGGCUCCAGCACGGAUCCCAGUGCCCACCAGAUGGACUGCAUUGUGCUGUCCGAGUGCCAGUAUGGAAACAGCCUUUUCAGGCAUGACAGCACCUUCCUGAGGGAUGCUGCUCAAACACCCCUUCCCCAGCAGCCAGGUGCUUUGCCUUGCCCUGCUGAGACCCGCCCUGGAGCACCCUGCUCCUCACCAGGCUCAGUUCCAAGGUGCUCAGCAGCUCUCCCUGUGAAGGUGGGUGCAGGAGCCCCCCUGUGCUCCGGGCAGGGCCCUGGCUGCCCAUCAGUUCCCCUCUCAGCUGGGCGGCCCCUCUGUGCCUGUGAGAUCCAGCUCAAGGUGAGGUGUGAGGGCUGCAGGACCUGAGGAGGGAGCAAGGGGUCUGCCAGGGGUGCAGCCACGCCAUCCUCUGUGGGCAGCCUGGUUUGGAGCUCACUGUGAACCGGGAGCCCUGUCUUGGAAAGCCACCAGCAGCUGUGAGCUCUUCUUGUACCUGCCUGUGGUGCCUCUGGUAUCUCAGGAUUUUGUCUUCCAGUGCUGUCAGGCAGUCUAAGAUUGAGUGGUUUGUUCCAUGAGGAGUCUUUCAGGGAGAUGCCGCUGUGCCAGGGGCAGCCUCUUGCGGAUGGAGCUGCUGCCUCACAGGCAGGUAGCACUGAACUGCUGUUUCACAACAAAACAGCGUGGUCUCCUCAUCUCCUGUGUUGGACCACCCUUGACAUGCUGCUGUUUAGUCCCCUGCAUCAUCUCUGCCAGCCUGAGCCUCUUUUCCUCCUGUGCUCUCCAUCUCCUCCAGAGACCCUUCCGAAUCCUUUGGAAAAGGUGUUACCAAGCACUUCAAGAAGCUCAGCAGCACUGAAGGGUCUUGGUGGGAGGUGGAGUUGGUGGGAGUGGAGGCAGCUUGGGGAUUUGGGCUCUCCAGCAGCCUCCCAGGGGAAUUUGGGGGAGGUGGGUACCAGGCCAUUGUAACCUCUCUGGGAUGCAGGGUGGGGAAGGUCCAGCCAAGCUCCGCUUGGAUUUAUCACUGGCUUGUCCUUGUCAUCCUCUUCUCUGCUUCACGGUGCUGUGGGACAGAGAAGGGUGGGGGCUCCCCCUGUGGUUUUGCCAAAGCAGUGAGAAGGAAAGGCAGGAAGGGAUGCAGUGACCACUGGCUGCCUCUCCACUUCAGACCCACUUGAUGCCCCUCAAACCAUUUUUUCUGCAGCCCAGAACAACCACUUUGUUGAACUCUCUUCCUUUUCUAUAUAUAUAACCUAAAAUGUGAAUGAAUUGUUUUUUUCCCCACCAUGAGUGCAAAGUCUUGCAGAUCCAUCAGGGAAACCCACAAAAACAAAGCAAUGACUGGGGAGGGUGGGGAUGAUUUGAGACCACAAUGACUUGCAGCAU